CGUCCUCCUGCCAUGUUGUAUUGAAGGAUCGUUAUUGCUUAAGGAGUUAGGAAUGAAAGUUUUAAUUAUGUUCAGUCUGUUCAAAGUGGACGUGUUCAAGAAUAAAUAAUCCACGGCAGUUAACGAUUCGCUUCCGCACCGCUCGCGCAUUGGAAAAACACUACGUCAGAUUUACUUGUAUGCGGAAUUCCUAACGGGAUGAGCCACGCGCAGGCCAUGCUGAUAUGUGAUUGUACACAUUUCACAUAGAAUAAUCUGAGACGAGACAAACGCUUCAUUUCAUCCGCCUGCAAUAUGAGCGGCCACCCGCCCCAGAGGAGGGUGGCAAACGUCGGCUCUCUACUACUGACCCCCCAGGAAAACGACUGUCUCUUCAACUACCUGGGCAGGAAAUGUAUUUCGUUGUGCUCAGCGGUGGUCCAGGUGUACGGAGCAGACAGGGGCUCAUCCUGGUCGAAGUGGUGCUGUGGUGUGGCAUGUUUGGUGAAAGAUAACCCUCAGAGGUCCUAUUUUAUCCGUGUGUUUGAUAUCAAGGAUGGGAAAAGAAAAUUUGAGCAGGAGCUCUACAGUAAUAUCACGAUCAAUAGUUCUAGGACAUACUUCAUUACCUUUGCAGGAGAUUCAUAUCAGAUUGGCCUCAACUUCGCCAGUGAGGAGGAAACCAAACGAUUUCGGAGUGCACUCAACGAACUACUCAACAGACGACAAAGGAAAACUGAGAAAAGGCGUGACCCACCAAAUGGUCCUGCUCUCCCAAUGGCGACGGUGGACAUCAAGAAUCCGGAAAUAAACAACAUGCGCUUUCACAACAAUUCCCACAUGAAUAACAUGGUGCACAGUGGCCUUAACAAGAAAGAAAAGAAGGUGAAGGGCAAGAGGAAGAAACUCACAAAGGCUGACAUUGGGACACCAAGCAACUUUCAGCACAUUGGCCAUGUAGGCUGGGAUCCGAACACAGGCUUCGAUUUAAAUAACUUGGACCCAGAGCUGAAGAACCUUUUUGACAUGUGUGGCAUCUCCGAGGCCCAGCUUAAAGACAAGGAGACAUCUAAGGUCAUCUAUGACUUCAUUGAGAAGAAGGGAGGUGUAGAGGCAGUGAAGAAUGAGUUGAGGAGACAAGCACCCCCACCUCCACCCUCCCGAGGUGGCCCACCUCCCCCACCCCCUCCUCACACUUCUGGACCCCCACCUCCACCACCUCCAGUGCGGGGACGAGGAGCCCCACCACCCCCUCCACCUUCAAGGGCGCCCACAUCCGCCCCCCCUCCACCUCCUCCAUCCCGGCCAAACAUGGGAGCGCCUCCACCACCACCGCCCAGUAGAGGACAUCCACCUCCUCCACCUGCCCCAGUCUCAAUGCCUCCACCACCACCUUCGUCUGGAGGACCCACCCCUCCUCCACCUCCCCCUCCACCACCACCACCUGGACCUCCACCACCUUCUGAAAUGGAUGGUGGCCACAGUGAACCCACGCCCUCACCAAUGAAUGGCAAGUCAGCUCUGCUUGAGCAAAUUAGGGAGGGUGCCAGUCUGAAGAAGGUGGAGCAAAACAACAGGCCUGUGUCGUCCACUGGGCGAGAUGCACUACUCGACCAGAUCCGACAGGGCAUCCAACUCAAAACGGUAUCAGAUAAUGACUCAGGACCACCCACCACUGCUCUGUCAGCCGGCAUUGUUGGAGCUCUAAUGGAGGUUAUGCAAAAGAGGAGCAAAGCCAUCCACUCCUCAGAUGAAGAUGAGGAUGACGAGGAUGAUGAAGACUUUGAGGAUGAUGACGAAUGGGAUGAUUAAUCCCCCAACACUAACUCCACCCAGUAGAGUAAAUGAUACUAAAAUCUCACUUCCCCAAAUUUUACUCAAAAUUCUGUGUAUGUUUUUUUUUUUCAAAUCGCUGUAUAUUUUUGUUGCAUUUUUUUUUAUAAUCUGUGCAAUACCUUAUGUAAUCUGUAAAGUAUUGUCAUUUACCCUUUGUAAAAUAAUCUUGUGGAAUAACCAUGUGAAUUUUUAUGCCAGGAGUUAUUAUUUGUUGACCUGAAUGUUUUUGUUUCCCUGUGAGAGUGGAAAGGGAGAUGGACAGGACGCUUGAUGCCCUUAUUAAUUGUAGAUUAAUGAUUUAGAUAACACUAUUUUCAUACCCUACUUUUCUGUACCUCUGAUUUUUUUAUUCAAAUCCUAAUUUAGCAUUCUUAAAUUUGAUAAGAGGUUCUCCUAUCAGAUUAUGUAUGUGCCCAGUAUUUUUUCCCUUGUAAAUGUACACCAGGCUGAUAUAU